AUAAAAGCUGCUUGCCCAGAACCGCAUCUCCGACUCCUCCACGACCCUGGCCCUCAACCGACCCCCUCGCCGCCGUCCCCUCCCUCCUCGCCGUCGUCGUCCGCAACGUCGAGCAUGAGCUGCGGGCCACCCUCCCCCGUCGUCGCGUCGUCCUCCACCCUCUGGGCAACAGCUUCCAAGGACUGGGUCAUCCCGGCCAAACCAAAGCCUGGCAGAAAACCCAAGAAAGACCCGGCCCCUGCGCCCCAGGAGGUCGUCGAUACGCUCGACAGCAAGGGCCGCCGCGUCCAGAACCGGGCCGCGCAGCGCGCCUUCCGUGAACGCAAACAGUCACAGCUCGCCGAGCUCCAGGCUCGCGUGCAGCAGUACGAGCAGGGGGAAAUAGAGCGCAACGUCGCUCUUCAGAAUAUUGCCAAACGCCUCAAGGAGGAAAAUGACAAACUCAAGCAGGAGAAUGCCGUCCUCAGGGAUAAGAUCUCCGUCCUCGAGCAGGAGCACAAUGGCCGCCAGUACGGUGACGGCGAGAGGAAGCGGUCCUCCAGCAUGUCCAGCGACUACCCGUCGAGGAAAAAGUCCAAAUUCUCCGCGGAGCCCCUAGUCUCCUCCCCCGAUUCCAACGGCAGUGGCAUGUCCAUGCAUUCCCCGCGGGAGAACUCGGUCUUCACGACGAGGCUGCCCACCCUCAGUAACAUCUUUGACCUCCCGCCGUCGAAUAAUCCCAAGCCAUCCGGCGUCUACGACACAAACAAUACCUUUGGAUUCGAUUGUGGCUUCUGCAAUGAAGAGACCCCCUGCGUGUGCAGAGAGCUCGCCAUCCACCAGAUGGCCGAUAAAAUGUCCUCCAACCAACUCAAAAUGGAGACUAUCGAGCCACCCAAGUCCACCCCGUCGG